CUUUUAUUCUAAAAGGUAUGCUAGUAAAUUCAUAAUGACCUGUAUAUUACCUUAUAUUAAAAUUUAAAUGUUAGUAACUUAGUAUAUACUUUUUUGUAGUGACUCUAAAUAUAAGUGACCGUUAUGUGAUUGACCCUUCAGAGAUAGAUAAAAACACGUGGCUUUUCUUCUGAAUUGCUAUUCGUCGUCCUAAAAUUUAAAUUUUAUCGCCCUAAAACACACUAAAUUGACACAUUUAUCCCUAGCUCUAAUUUCAUUUCAACACUCUGCGUAGCCGCCCAUACACCAUCAUCACCUUCCUAGCCUCUGUGGAAGCAAAAAAACAAGUUCCUGCUCCACUUCAUCUUCUUGGACGUGAUAAGUAGUAAAUAGCAACUAACUAAUUUACCACUUACCACAUGUCUCUCACUUUCAUCCUUCUUCCCGAAAAAACCAUUAACUCCCUCUGAUCCCCUGCUUUGCAGCUGACGCUAGCAAUAGUUUCCACGGCCAUCACGGCGGCCGGCGAUGUGGCCUACGUCGGCCUGAAGAGCAACAAGCACGCGGGGGUGGGCAAAGGUGUGCAGCGUUUCGGACAAGUACUACAAACACUUGGGAAGCUCCAUCUCCAUCUCCCUUUUCGCCUCUGUUCUGCUCGUUCUCCUAGUUUUUCUCUCUGUCCUGUCCCUACACAGCAAGAUCCCACUGCCUACAACGACAGUUGCCUAGUUAUUAGCGUGUCUGAGUUGCUACGCAGGGUGAUGAUGGGGCUGAGGCUGACUACGACGAUUGGGCCUCCGGUGACGUGGUCUGCUCCAGUAACGAUUGGAUGUAUGUAUUUGUUUAAGGGUUUAAGUGAUUAAAAGAUAAAAAAUAAACUAAGGAUAUUAGAGUAAAUUUAAUAUAAUUAGGGCGACGAAUAAGGAUUUUUAGGGCGACGAAUAGCAAUCCCCUUUUCUUUAGAUAAAAUAUUGUUAAAAUGGAUGAACGGUGGAACAAUUAACUUUGUAAUUCCCGCUGUAGUUUCCCUGAGCAAACGUCGCUCUUUCUGCCGGACUCCAAAGAAACCGUCGAAAUCGCAGUAGCCAAAAAGCUCCGUUACCGGCCAAGGAAAUGGCGCCAAUGCCGCCCAUCGUUGUCAGCGGAGAAGUCCCACUUUCCGCUCCCGGAAGUCCCACUUUCCGCUCCCGCUCCUCUUCCUCUCAGUACAAAAACGCUUCAUCAACUUCCCAAUUCCCAGCAAUUCUCGCCGAUAUCUCGCCUGAAACCCUAAGAUGGACGCCGUUGGCUUAGAAAUAGUUCUGAUCACCGGCUGCUCGCAAGGAGGCAUCGGCCACGCCCUGGCGAAAGAGUUCGCCGCCAAAAACUGCCUGGUCGUGGCCACGAGCAGGUCCUUGAGCUCGAUGCAGGACUUGGAGCAGGACGAGAGGUUCUAUCUCCAGGAGCUCGAUGUGUCCUCCGACGAGAGCGUGCAGCGGGCGGUGGCGAACGUCAUGGAGAAGUACGGGAGAGUGGAUGUUCUGGUGAACAACGCCGGGGUUCAGUGCGUCGGCCCUAUUGCUGAGGUCCCGCUUUCUGCCCUGGAGAAUACUAUCAAUACCAAUGUUUAUGGUCCCAUGAGGAUGAUUCAAGCUGUUGUUCCACACAUGGCGUCGCGAAGAAAGGGAAAGAUCGUGAACGUAGGAAGUGUCAUAGUCCUGACGCCUUUCCCUUGGACCGGUGCUUAUGCUGCGUCUAAAGCUGCUCUUCAUGCAUUAACAGAUACCUUGAGGUUGGAGGUGAAGCCACUGGGGAUUGAUGUGAUAAAUGUGGUUCCAGGAGCCAUCCAGUCAAACAUAAUGCCCUCAGCUGAGGUUCGUUAUAUUUCAGAGUGGAAACUAUACAAGCAAUUUGAGCCAGCGAUGAGGCGGUUUCUCACCCAAGGCAGAGUGGGCACCCCAACCGAAGAAUUUGCAAAGCAAACCGUUGCUGCCAUCCUGAAAAAGCACCCUCCUGCAUGGUUCUCCUCGGGCAAGUUCUCGACCAUCCUCGGCAUCGCUUACUAUUUCCCUCUUCGUGUCAAGGACUUGAUGGUGCAAUCUUUUCUGAAACCCUGAAGAGAGUUUCUUCCUUUCUAUUCUUCGCUGGGGAUCAGUCUUUCUUUCUCUGCAGCUUCUGAUACAGACUGUUCUUCAGAUUUAGCAUAUUCCAUAUCUAUAAUGGCUUCCUUUCCUCCUGCAUGACUUGUUGCAUCAUGUAGAUGUUAAGGGUCUGCAACUAUCUUGUUCCCUUACAGUGUUAAAUCUGUUAUGAAAGUAUAUCUUGAUGAUUUAUUGCGGAAGUUAGUUGUACUCUGCAAGUCCUUUGUCGUAUUGAUAAUAAACUCUGUUUUGGCUAUGGAUUUCUGAUGAGUACUUCUGGCCGGGUUGUUUAGGCAUUGACACCUGCUCUGCUGCCAUGGAUUUGAGCUUCUUGCUUAAUGCUAACCUAGUCAUGAUAAGUUAACACCAGCCAGUAAUCCUAGAAUGUUGUUAGUUCAAUUUGUAGUAAAGCUGGGAGGAGUCUACACAAUAAACUAGUGAUCCUGCUGAGGUAGUGGCUGAGCUUCAAUGCAACUUGCUUGUAGUCUGAGUCACCCGGGAACAACUUUCUGAUUUUGGUUAAAGACUCAUAACAGAAUAGUUUAAUACAUCAAACUUCAAAAUUAGCCACUAAUCAGACCAGUACUGAAUAUAAUAAGACUGGUGGUCUGAAAUGAAAUCGAACGAAAAAGCCUGCAGAAGUUCAUGAUGUUUCUCUCAGAUGCAGGUUAGAAAGUGAAACCACUGGGGAUUGAUGUGCUGAUGUAGUUCCUGGAGCUAUUCAGUCAAAUACAAUGGGAAGGUUUGUCUCCCAAGGCAGAGUUGGCAUCCCCCUUGCAUGGUUCUCAUCAGGCAAAUACUCAGACCAUCAUGGCCAUUCUGCACCAUUCGUCACUUCGUAUCGAGGAUUUUCUUCUGCGAUAAUCGCGAUCGGUCCUCUCUGCAGCUUUACUUAUACAGAUUGUUUCCCUUCCUUCUCCUGAGUUACUUUGUUUUGUGUGGGUUUUAGCUUUGUUCUCUCAUACAUCAUGUGGCUGUGGAGGGUUGUCUAUGAAUUAAAACUUUUGUUUUGCAUUCAUGGGUUUGCCUUUUCGAGCUUCUUCUUGCUAAUGCACAUACCUAAUCAUGAUGAUAAAACUAGAGACAGGAAAAGCUUGGUGCUGGCUGGAGAGAUUGAUGAAGGUGUUUAAUGGUGCUAGCAUGUUAAUAGUUUAUUAGCAGCAGAGCUAAGGAUAAGUUAAUAAACUGGUGAUCCUGCUGAGUGAGAUGGAAGCGGCUAAGCUUCAAGGCAACUUGCUCUGUUGCUGGAGUCUGAGUCACUAGGGCACAACUUUUUCUGGUUUUGGGGGUUAAGAACCAUAUAUAACAGAAUUAGUUUAGUAUAUCAGCAGCAUCCUUAAACCCACUGAGAAAAACUAGUGCACGUACUCAUUAUAGUAAGGCUGCUGGUCUGCACUUUCAUGAAACUUCCAAAUUAUUAGAACCGAUUUAAACGAUGAAGCAUGGGGUUGAUACGAUAUGUUUCUGAAUUCAAUUUUUACAAUUAAUUAUUAUAAGUAAAACUCCGAUAUACACUUGUUGGUAUCAGUUUGAGUCACCCGCUUUUAUAAAUGUACUAAGUAUUC